AAAUUUUUUCUCUCCUUAAGGAUUGGUGGCUGGAUCCCAAGAGAACAUCGGCAGUCUUCCACAGCCGCUAUGGAAAUUUUUUUAAUCUUUUUUCACAGUAACAAAACUGUUAAUUCGUAGAAGAGAAAUUGGAAGCAUUCCAAAAUUUCCAAAAGAAUAUAGUUGCCAUCAGCAAGACAUAGUUGAAGGUUUGAAGCCAUUUUCCCAAUCUUGAGGCAUGGUGCCCAUCAUUCCUAUGCUGGUUGCAAUGGGGAAGGGAAGGCUCCACCUUAGAUAUGGGGAUUGCCACGUUUAGGGUUUACAAUCUCAUUCGAUACAGUCGAGCAACAGCGUUGCAACACUUGGAUUUCAUGCCAAAGAAAAUGAGUAAAUAUGAUUGUAUCUGGUUAAUUUUAAUGUAAUUUAAUUAUUAAAUCUAUGCAGAUUCAUUUCAUAUAUAUGAAUUUAUUCUUCUUCUAUACAUAUAAGAAAUCUCAAUUCUUCUCUUAGUUCAUUUUUGGAGGCAAUUGAGAAGCAAAGAAUAAGCAUUGGGUGUGAAGAAAAACCAAGCUAAUUUUAAGGCUUAAUACUCAAAAAAGGAAGUGAAAAGGAAAGCCCUAAAACCACACCAUAUUUACUGAAAAUGGCCCGAGGACCAAAGAGACCAGCAAAGCGGGUUGUGGUGAGUGAGAGUGGCAUGUUCACAGACGAGAAGAUGAACAACAUCAAAGGGCUACAGCGAGGGCCGGACUUCGUUGCAACUCCUUGCGGCUGCACAAGCCGUAGGUUCGGUGAUUCCACAGGAAUUCUCAAGGUUUUCACCUCUGGCCUCUUCUUAAUCACCUGCAACUGCUCUCCUCAAUGCCAGCAAGGAAGAAUGACACCAGAAGAAUUUGAGAAGCACUCAAUGCGAGAGGGACUGAGGAAGUGGAAAAGCAACAUAUGGGUAAUUAAAGAUGACGAAAAAAUUCCCCUGUGGAAAACAGGUAUCUUGAAGUAUUACAAGCAUGCCUCCAAUGUCAACAACCGGGCAUGUAGGACUCGUCGCAAACGGAAUUUCCACCGUGACGAAUUCAUCACCUGUUCAAAGUGCAAGAAAGAUCGCAGGUUUCGUCUUCGCACCAAAGAAGAAUGCAGGAUUUAUCAUGAUGCUUUGGCCAACAAAAGGUGGAAAUGUGUUGAUGGGCCCUAUGACAGGAUCACAUGUGAAGAUGCAGAAGAGCGUGCAACUCGGAAAAUCGUGAGAGGAUGCCCUCGUACUGCAACAUGCAAGGGUUGCACAUCCUGUGUGUGUUUUGGGUGCAUCAGGUGCCGUUUCUGGGAUUGCAGGUGCCGAACAUGUGUAGACUUCAUGCAGAAUGCAGAACCAUAGACACCUUCCUCUGGAGUCAUCCCUUGCUGGCUCGAUUAGGACUUCUAUCCUUAUAGUUUCCAUUUUCCUUGAUGAAAACUUCAAAGUAGUUUCCAUUUUCCUUGAUGAAUGACUUCGAAGUACUGCCAGUGUUUUUAGCUUUUCAGUUGGAUCUUCCUAUUUCAGCUGUUUUUUAAUCAGAAGAUUAGGAGUCCCUGACUUCUCUGCUUCUUAUAUUUUAUCAUUUUAAUUGUUCCUGCUUGACAUUUAUUAACUAUCCUAUUUCCUU